GGGCUGCCGCGCCGCCAGGGCUCCCCGCCGGCUUCCCCCAUCCCCACACCUCCUCCUUCCCCCUCCCUCCUUCCCCACCUCCGCCCUCCUCCUGCUGACGUCUGGCUCUGCCCGGCUGAAAACUCGCUGCCGCGGCGGAUGCGGCGGCUCUGGGCAGCGCGGCGGCGGCAGCAGCACGAAGAUGGUGGCGGCUCCGUGCGCCCGGCGGCUGGCGCGGCGCUCCCGCUCGGCGCUGGUGGCGGCGCUCACCGUGCUGCUCCUGCAGACCCUCCUCGUCUGGAAUUUCACCUCCCUCGACGCCGGCGAGGAGCAGCGCGGCGGCCGCGAGAAGCGAGAGCGCGGCGGGGAGCAGCGGGGGCAGCCGCAGCGGCGCGGAGCCGGCGCCCCGCACGGCAAGGCGCUGAUUGAACCUCCUAGUCCCUACACCAGCUUGGAGACUCAGGAUGGCUAUUUUUCCCACCGGCCGAAAGAGAAAAUGAGAACAGACAGCAAUAAUGAAAAUUCAGUCCCCAAGGACUUUGAAACUAUUGAUAACAGUAACUUUGCUCCCAGGACUCAGAGGCAAAAACCCCAGUCUGAGCUGGUGAAAAAACCCCUUAGCAAACAAAAGGAGCACUUGAGAAAGAAGCUGGAGGAGGAGAGGAUGAAGGAGAACCUGCUGCUGGGGAAGAACUCCAACGAGGUGGUGCAGUUCAGCGAACCCCUGGGAAAAAACAGCAGCCACAGCAACACCCUGAAGGACAUUGACAGGUUUCCCACGGAGCAUCUUUUACAAAAGCUGGAGAUCAGCCCCCCUGAGGUGAAAUACGAGCAGCCCCCCAAGUGCGAGGUGACGGGCAAGGAGGCGAUCUCGGCCAUGUCCCGCGCCAAGUCCCCGCAGUGCCGCCAGCAGAUCGCCGACGUCUACUGCCAGCACAAGCUGGGGACACUGAUGCCAGAGCAGGUGACACGCUUCUGUGCCCUGGAGGGAAAAGCCAACACCAAUGUUCAGUGGGAUGAGGACUCCGUAGAGUUCCUGCCAGCCCAGCCAGUCAGGAUCGCUUUUGUCUUGGUAGUUCAUGGCCGCGCUUCCCGGCAGCUGCAGCGCAUGUUUAAGGCUAUUUACCAUAAAGACCAUUUCUAUUACAUUCAUGUUGACAAGCGAUCCAACUACUUGCACAGGCAAGUGCUGCAGUUUGCCAGCCAGUACCCGAACGUGAGAGUCACCUCCUGGAGGAUGGCCACCAUCUGGGGAGGAGCCAGCCUGCUCAGCACCUACCUGCAGACCAUGAGGGACCUCAUGGAGAUGAGCGACUGGCCCUGGGAUUUCUUCAUUAACCUCAGUGCUGCUGACUACCCAAUCAGGACCAACGAUCAGCUGGUGGCGUUCCUGUCCCGAUAUCGCGACAUGAACUUCUUGAAAUCUCACGGGAGGGACAAUGCAAGGUUUAUCAGGAAGCAGGGGCUGGACAGGCUGUUCCUGGAGUGUGACACGCACAUGUGGCGCCUGGGGGACCGCAAGAUCCCCGAGGGCAUCACGGUGGACGGGGGCUCAGACUGGUUCCUGCUCAACAGGAAGUUUGUGGAAUAUGUCACCUUUUCCAAUGAUGAUCUGGUCACAAAGAUGAAGAGGUUUUACUCCUACACGCUGCUGCCUGCUGAGUCCUUCUUCCACACGGUGCUGGAGAACAGCCCCUUCUGCGACUCCAUGGUGGACAACAACCUGCGCAUCACCAACUGGAACAGGAAGCUGGGCUGCAAGUGCCAGUACAAGCACAUUGUGGACUGGUGUGGCUGCUCCCCCAACGACUUCAAACCAGCAGAUUUCCACCGCUUCCAGCAGACCGCCAGGCCCACCUUCUUCGCGCGCAAGUUCGAGGCGGUGGUGAACCAGGAGAUCAUCGGGCAGCUGGACUAUCACCUGUACGGGACCUACCCGCCGGGCACGCCGGGGCUGCGCUCCUACUGGGAGAACCUCUGGGAGGAGCCCGACGGGCUGGGCGCGCUCAGCGACGCCGCGCUCACCAUCUUCCACUCCUUCUCGCGCCUGGGGCUGCGCCGCGCCCAGGGCACCCUGCAGGAUGCAGGGGACAGCUGCAGAUACCACCCCAUGGGCCAUCCAGUUUCCAUCCACCUUUACUUCCUUGCUGACCGUUUCCAAGGCUUCCUGGUCAGGCACCAUGCAACCAACCUGGCUGCCAGCAAACUGGAGACUUUGGAGACGUGGGUGAUGCCCAAGAAAGUCUUCAAGAUUGCCAGUCCACCCAGCGAUUUUGGGAGGCUGCAGUUCUCAGAGGUUGGCACCGAGUGGGACGCCAAGGAAAGGCUGUUCAGGAAUUUUGGGGGGCUCCUUGGGCCGACAGAUGAGCCAGUUGGGAUGCAGAAAUGGGGGAAAGGCCCCAAUGUCACCGUGACUGUCAUUUGGGUGGAUCCCAUCAAUGUCAUUGCAGCAACAUAUGAUAUUCUGAUUGAAUCCAGUGCUGAGUUUACUCACUACAAACCUCCCCUGAAUCUGCCCCUACGACCUGGUGUCUGGACAAUAAAAAUUCUGCACCACUGGGUACAGGUGGCUGAAACCAAAUUCCUCGUGACUCCUCUUGCCUUCUCAAAUCAGCAGCCUAUCAAACAAGAGGACGCCAUCAAGCUGCACAGCGGGCCCCCCAAGAACGCCUACAUGGAGCAGAGCUUCCAGGGCCUGAACCCGGUGCUGAACAUGCCGGUGAGCGCGGCCCGCGCCGAGCAGGCCCGGCGCAGCGCGGCGCUGGUGGGGCCGCGCCUGGACGCCUGGGUGGACUCGCUGGUGGGCGCCGUGUGGUCGGCCGUGGACGUGUGCAGCGUGGGGCCCUCGGGCUGCCCUGCCCUGCAGGGCUGUGCCCAGACCCCCUGGAGCUCCCUCAGCCCCGACCCCAAGGCCGAGCUGGGCCCCGUCAAACCCGACGGCCGCCUCAGGUAGCGCCGGGUGAGGGGAAUCCAACCUCGCUCCUCCGUGAGUCUCGCACCAGGUUUCAGGAACCUAAGGGAAAGUUACUUUUUUUUUUUUUUUUUGUUACUUAUUGCAAUAGAAUUUGUUUUUAAAAAAAGCAAACAAAAAAAAAAAAAAAAAAAAAAGAGUUCUGAAGUUCUGACAAGGCCUUUGGCGCUGCGCUCUCCAUCAGCUUGUGCCGUUCCAGCUGCGCCGCUCCCACGUCGUGAGGGCUCAGAAACAUUGGCACCAAGCCAUGGAGAGGGCAGUGAAGGAGCAGCUGCUGAAGGGUUUUGUUCAAAUAAAUUUGUCUGUACCUCUGCUGUUUCAUAGGCUUUCGUUAUUUUGCUCCAAGGAAUAAAUCCCAGCGAAAUUCCCUCCUGCUGGCGCUCCCUGGGGAGUUGGUUCCUGCAGGCUGCAGCCUGUGUGACCUCAGAGAAUGUGAAAUAAUUAUGGUACAGCCUCACUCCACUUUUUAAUGUCACAAAGUAAUCCUGGACACAGCUGAUAGACCUCUGUUAUCCUAGUUAGAGACAACGAGCAGAAGCAGAAACUUUCAGAGGUUUUUUCAGACUAAUUCCAUGAUAAACUCUAAAUGAAAUCAGUGUUUUGCUAUAGCAGUCUUUUAUGUCUCAUGCAGUCGGGUUCAGGGUCAGCAUACUAAAAGUAUUUAUUAAAGAACAAAGAAGUUUUUUGAAUUUCAGCCCUUUCAAAUCUGCAGGUAUUUUUGGAAGCCACCAGUAGCUGAUUAUUUUCACAGGCUGCCAGUGGAGCAGGUGUGUAUGUGUAGGCUGGGGUGGGUUGUGAUGUGUCUGCUCACACCCUUUGCUCAUGAGCUGAGCUGAGUUUUUUCUCAGGCAGUGGAGCUGUAAACCAGUAAAACAGUAAAACUGGGACCUAAAUCUGCAACAGGUUUCUUCCCUAAUUUGAGUAGUGGCUAGUAAGUCUUAACACUAAUUCCGUCCCUUGGUCUCCGAUCUCCAUCUUGUCCUAAAGAAGGAUCCUCCCAGGCUUUGCCAGGGCAUCUGGAAGGCUCUGCAGGAUGUGGAUCACUGCCCAAAGCCAGGGGAAGGAGAACAAUGCCAUGUUUCUCUGUGCUUUUACUUUAUUCUGUCAACAAUCUACCCUUGCCUGUCUUCAGAAUUCCUAGCAGGCUGCAUCCUGUUUUAAAUGGGCAUGUUUUGCAUCAUUUCAACCUGCAUUUUCUCCAGUAGGGAAAAAUUAAUUUACAUUCCAAGAACUUUUUAAAAUACAGGUUUUAUAUACAAAUUCAUCUCCAAAUAAUGCAUUUUACAUUAGCAAAAACAUGCACUUUGUUGUUGUUGCUGUGUUAAUCUCUAGUUAGCAACAGAACCAAAUAAGACCAUGAAAAGCCACUGGGUUAAUUGGGAAAGAAGUCCUGUUGCUGUAGUAAAGGAAGGUGUCUGUUCACCCUCCUGUGUGCAUGGAUAACUUUCUGCUGAGGGUUAAGUGUCCACAUCAGGAGGGAAACAGAGCCUUAGAUCAUUCUGUAAUCACAUCUCCCAGGAAGGUUGAAUUCCCUUUUAAACAACACUUGCAGUAGGACUGUAACACACAGAUCCCCAUGGCUUGGAGUAACUCUGUCAUAUUGGUUUAAAGCUACUUCAGUUUGCUUUGGACUUGAAAUUGUGGUGUCAGCUGUGCUGGCAUUAAGGCAGAGCAUCAAAAUGUUUAUCAGGCACAAAAAGUGGAUGCAUAGAAGGAACAAUUUAGGUAUUUAUUAUUUAUGUUUUAGUCAAUGACUAAUUAGUAGGUGCUGCUUUUGCAGCUUGAAGAUUAUGUUAUUUUACUAACUGAACCUGCCUUUAUUAAGAAAAGGCCUUCUUCCCCUCACACCUCCCUUUCUUUUUUUGUCUUGAUUUUGUCAGUCACGAGUGGUAGCUUUAGGGAAGUUUGUAGCAAUGAGAGCUGAUUGGAAUAUUCCAAUCAAGAUCAUGUUCCAGCUUUUCAACCAGCUCUAGAGGCAAGCAUGUGUGAAACCAGGGCUGCCAACAGGUUUAUGUAAUAGAAUCACAGUGUUAUUACUUAUUCAGUAGGGGUUUAUAAGUUUGUAACAGUGCUUGUUUUUAAUGUAACAUUCCUUUGUGAAGUUCAUAUUUUCUGGGGACCUGCAAUCCUCACUGUGAAAUCCAGGGCUUUAGUCACACUGAUAUAAUGGUGACUGCCCAGUCCAAGCCCUGCAGGUUAGAUGAAGGAGGUCAUAUUUAGGGCACAAUGUAAAAUUCAUUAACAAGCCCAGGCAGUGCUUGUUCUCAGUAAGGCUCCUGAGGAAGUCACAAAAUCUUCAGGCUGUCUUGCACAUAAGCACAUGUGUAGGGGUGCACCCACGCACUCUCAUGCAGAUAACUUAGUUUUUCAAUUUGAUACUUGUUUUUAUUCUUAAGCAGCAAUGUUUUUAAGUGCUUUUUUGGUAAGUUUUCAUUAACUAGACCAAGCAGAAGGUGACAACAAUCACAUUUUCUGCAGUUAGGAAAAAAGCUGCCACUUUUAUAAUUUAAAAUAUAAGGUGCAAAUUAUUUUGUUUUAGUACAAAAAGGGGAAAGAAAACAGAUGGUUGCUGAUAUAUCCAUUUGCAUUAUAUGCUAGGUUUAAAAUAUCUCAAAGAAAAUUUAUAUGAUGAUUUUCUGAAAGGCAAGAAGCAUUUAAACAACAGGUUUUGUAGCAAGCUUUCAAUCCCAGUGCUGCUGUAAAAUACAGGAUGCAGAGCUGAAGGGGUUCAUCCUGCAGUCUUUUCUUAGGCAAAACUUCCAAAGUGCUAGUGCUAAAUGAGGAUUUCAGAGUCAAGUCCAGCAUAAAUAAAGGGUAUGACAGCAUGCUAGGGGUAAAUGCUGUCUGCUUGAAGUCACCAAAGGCUAAGCUGCCAUGUUUGGAACAUAUCUGGGGGUAAUGUCAAGUUUUGGACCUUUAGCCAUCUCUACCAUAGCUGUUAUCAUGCAGACACAGAUCCAAAGAUAUAUAUGAGACUGUGUCUGAGUUACAAAGUCCAGUAGUUGUGAAUAAAAACAUACAAAGCCAGACUGCAUCAGGGAUCAGAGCUGGCUCCAAGGUGAUGCUGUUAAGCCCAACUUAGUCCUGCUUAGUGGAUUCUUUGGUUUGAAAUGGCAGCACUGGGAGCCAAUUGUCAAUGGUCAGAAGAGAAUAACUUCACAGAUCUUACAUUUGGUGAAAAGGAGAAUUCAGAGCAGGGACCCACAGUUGGUACAAAACACAAGAGUUAUGAAUCUUCAUCUGAAUGUGCAGGUUCUUUUCCAGUCACACUGGCCAGUCCUUGCUGAACAGGAUCCCAGCAAAAGCCUGGUUUGAUCAAAACCUUCCUUUCAAUGGCAGGGGUUUAUAUUUCUGUAUGCACAUUUAUCCUCUGUGUGUAAUGCUUUGCUUCUCUAAAUCCCCUGCCCAUUCUGCAUGACAGCCAUGUAACACUGUGUGAUCAAUCUGUAUUACACAGAAAGGGAAUGUGGCAAAAUGCAGAACAUCUACAUACAUGAUUUCAUAAAUUAUGUCCAAAGUCAGUCUCAGCAUUAUGCAAACCUGUUUAUAUGGUAAUGUUAAACCCCAAGGCUAAAUGAAAUAGCUCAAAUGACAGUUUAUUUUCAGAUUUGUCCAAUUCUUUCUUUGAUGACAUUUGGACAUUGAGUAGUAAUAUUUGCAUUUUCAUUUUCUGAUAUUCAGGGGUUUUUUUAUAGAAUUGAAAUUAUGUCUUCAUUUUUUGUGCUCUUGGCAAGCAGAGAAUUUUAAGAAUUCCUUCAUGAUUGCAAGUGUUAUACAAGAAAGUCCCUCUGUAUCUCUGUUGUUAAGCUCCAUUAUUGCCAAGCCUAGAGAUACAGGAAUGUGCAUUCGUGUGUUACAAAUUGACUUUCCUGGGUACUGGCUCCAGUGCACAAUGCCUGUACAGUUGUUUAAUGGUGUAUUAACAGUGAUCCUGCAGCACCUUCAGAAGUACCAACUAAUGUGCAUUCACUUUCCCUCCAUCUCCUGCAGCACUAAUUGCCAUCCUAAUGAAGCCUCCAUCACUCUUAGCCACAAUUGCAGUGAGCACAGCAGUGAAGUCAAUGAAUCAGAGCAGGGAUAGUGUAAACCUGACCAAAGGGAGAGAGAAAGGGUAAAGAUGCUGAAACUUCUCAAAAGUUUGACACACUUGUGUUGCAAUUAACCUUGAACAAACUGGGCUCCUUCUGCACAGCAAGGCUGAGAUCUCUGCUUUGAUUUCCCAGAUAAACAAGAUCCAGAUGUUUCUUGUAACCCAGCAGUGAGGACCAGCUUUCUGUUGAUUUCUCUGGUUCUCUCUCAUCACAGCCAUCAGAGAAUUGCCAGCUUGCCUCUGGCCAGCACGCCCUCCUUGUUGUCUUCCCAGCUCCCAAAGCUUCAGGAUUGGCCACAUGAAACCUUGGCCAACUCCAGCACUUUCCAUAGAGCAGGAGUUUUAUACUUGAGUGAACUAAAUCCCCUAGGCUUCUUCAGAAACCCAGCUGCAGCGAGGAAAGUUUGCUUUUCAGAGCAGCCUUCAGUCAGUUCAGUGCUUGCACACUUAAAGCCAGCAGUUACCUUGUCCUGAUUUUCAGGCAUGGGAAUCUGAUAUUUGUAAAAGGAGACUUGGUUAUUUGGUAUUUCAGUAACAGAGUAAGACAGACCUGGUGGGACAGGGUUGGUGACCUUUCUCACUGGCCUUUGCUUCAGUCCAGUUGUGAAAAGAUAAUGAUCCAUAUAUGUCUUUAUUUGUACCAUUCCAGACCUCCAGUGUAGUCUUGAGGAUUAGUGGGACUUAAGCCCCUAUUAAAUGACAACUGAAAACAUCAUGUAAAAAAGCCCUUCCAAACCAAACCCUUGUGCUUCUGCCAAGGCAGCUCCAGGGAUGAUGCCCACAGAGAGAGUAGGGAGUGAUGCAGUGUUAGGACAGAGCACUGCCCUUCCAGAGGCCCAGGAGGAAUUCCUGAGAGCAGGAAUACCUGCUGCUGAGCCCUGAGGGCAGCUGCUGCUGCAGCCAGGCAUAGAGGAGCCAAAGAAAUGUGAAUUAGGGUUAAGGACAGCAAGGAAGAAUUUGUAGGACAGCAGAUUUUCCUGCAGAACCUUCAAAGGCAAGAAAACACUGAUUUGUAAUUCCCUUCGAAGGUGUAUUGUAGAAGAGAUUGACCUUCAAACCUUCACCACCAUCAUCACAGUGAGGGAAGGAAUAACCAGGCUGAGAGCAUUUCAAAUGGAGGCAAGAAGGCCUUGCAGGCUCUGUUAGCCCAGGCAGCAUUAGGGUGUCUCAGUUAGGUGUGGCACUGGGAGCUGUUCCCCUCAUGGUGUGGCACUGCAGGUACCAUGUUGAUUCCCUUCCUUCUUACUAACAGUAGUGUGUUUUUCACUCUGCUCUUUGCUUCUGCCUUGGUUACCUUCUUUUGCUCAUGGGUGCUACCACAGCUGCUACCUCACUGUGUCUGCAAACACGUUUACCUGAGAACAACAAAAAAGGGUACCAGAAGUCUCCUUGAACUGAAUGUACAAUCUAUGCAAAUUCUCUUUCUACUUUGUUAAAACCUAGAAGUAUUACUUGUAACCUUGCCAAAUAACAGCAAGAUACUGUACAGGUGCCUCUGAUCCCAGAGUGACAAUUCUAGGCGCGGUUCCUGGCGCUGCAUUUGUAUAUUGUAAUGACUGAGCUUGUCUUUGCUUCUGUUGUAAUUACCACCCUUGACUGAGACAACAGCACUCCUGCUAGGGCAGCACCUUCAGUUUGCUGGGAAUAUUCCAGAGGCGGAUAUCUAUGGCAUUUAAUUUUAUUUUCCUGCUUAGAUCCAAAAAAAGGCACAGAGCUGCUGGCCAAAACUGGAGCGUUGUUUCAGCUUUUCCAUGGAUGAAUCCCAUCAGCCUUGGAUUGCUCAGUGUCUGUUCCCAUUGUGGCAUCCAGUGUGUUGCCCCUUCAAGAAAGCCUUACUUCCAUCCUUUCUAAAUGUGGCCUUAAACUGUGUUAGGAACUUUGGUGUUGUCCGUGUCUUGCUCACUUUCUCUGUUGUGGAAUGAAUAAAAGGCACCUUGAGAUUUCUGUUACAGCUCAGUUGUGUUGCUGUCAGCUUACACUUCACAAAUACAACAGAAAUUGCUUACAAAUGCAGUCUUUAAGGGAAAAAAAUGACCUUCCCUUCAGGCAAAAGGAAGUCUCAGACAUUCAUAUAAACCUUAGGAAAUUAUGAGCUCUGUCUCUUGCAAGUCACUGUAGAUAAGGAACUUGUUUUAAUUGCAUAGAAAGUAAAAACUUAGUAAUUUUUGAUUUAUCUUCAGAUUACAACAGGACAGACUGGUCUCGGAUGUGCUAGACAAAUUGUAGAGUAAUUUCACUAAUUUUAACAUGGCAUAGUAGCAUUCCUCUCAGAUUUGUACUGAUAGCUGGGAGAAGAAAUGUCCUCUUAAUGGUAUGGUCCUAAAAUCUGAAGAGCAUCACCACAUAGAGCCAGAUUUUGGGUGUUGGUUGGGAAUCUCACAGUACAUUUACAACAUGGUUGUUUUGUCUGAGUCAUAAAUGCAUUUCUGCAAAUCUGGCUUUUGGAGCUUCUUUCAAAGGCUGUCAGAGUCAGCAGAAAUGACCUGCUGAGGCUUGUGUGUGUUGGGUUUCUUCACUGCUUUCCUCUGUCAUGUUUCAGGACUAGCACCAAUAUUCCCGGCAGGCUGCAGUGCCCUUAAGAGUUCCCAAUCCUGUCCUGUGUUGAUAUUCAGAUUUGAAUACAACCCAAAGGCAACUGAAAAGGGUUUACAUAUGAAACAAGAUUUCUGAAAUGAAAAUAAUUAAUUCAAUGUAAUGAAAUUAUUUUUCUGACUUUGGCCUUUGGUUCUGUUUUGGUUUAAUUGGAUUUUCUAUUGCCUAACAUAGUCAUAAUAAGUUAUUGCUAUUCUGUCAUUUUCAAAGACUGGUGGUAAUAUAGUUUUAAGAAAUAACUAUUUUGUUAUAGAUCAUAAUAUGCAUAAAAUUGUACAGAAAUAUUUUGUAAUCUAUUGAAUAAGAAAAAAGAAAACCGUGUAUAUACAGGAAAGUUUAAAAAAAAAUUGGAAAUUCAAAUGGAACACACUGAAAGAUGUAGAUAUUUUGCUAUUUAUUUAAAGGAGUAUUUUAUGAGAUAUUGAAAUGUCUUAAAUUGACCGGUAAUCAAAGUCAGAAUGCUUUUCUUGUAGUAGAAUGUGAUUUUCAGCAAUUAUUGCACUACCCGUUUUUGCACCCUUUUGUCUUUCAUUUAGCAGAAACAAUGUGCCUUAGCUGUAUUCUUUGUCAAUGGGAGUUUGGUUGUUUGUCUGACAAAGCAAAUUUUUUUGCAGAAAAAGAAAUGGAUGUAUGAAAUACUGUAUUAUACCAAAAACACUGCAGUGUAUAUAAUGCUUUCUGUCAUACGGUGUUUUCAGAUGCAGAGUUUUAAAAUAAAAAAAAAAAAAAGGCUGUCUUUAA